ACGGAUCGUGUAGGAAGUGUAAUUUGCGGAAGUGUUUGCGCUUGUUUUGGGGAAUCGAGUGAUGGUCGAGAAGAGACCGGUGGAGUGCGGGAGCUGCUGGAGUUCCGGGAUACGUUGUCGGACUUGGAUUUCGUCGAUGGUUUUAUUUGGAUGCUUGACACGGUGAGAGUUGUUCAGCUGCAAGUAAGUAAGGAUUGGACGGUGGAAUUGGGAUUGGAGUCUCGGUUCUUUGGCGGUGCCAGUUUUGUUUCUCGAUGGAUGGCUCUGCUUCAACGCUGUGAACUGAGAAUUCAGGAGGAUUUCUUGGUGUUUUACUUGGAUAUGAAUUUGAUGGUUGAGGGUGGUGGACUUCUGGGCAAGCGAGAAGCGAGAGGAACUGCUUACUGCCGUUGAAUGAUUUUCACAUUGCUGUCCCAGAAUUAUGGCGCGGCGCAAAGGUGUAGAAGAAGCAAUUCCGGCUUCCUUGCGAAGCUAAUAAUGUUCAGAGAAGGCACGAUUCGGCCUGAGGUUUGCAGGAGCCAUCUUCUCACCAGGGUAAAUUUAGGAGCUAUACAGAACCCACCAGAACCCGAAGGCUGGCACUUGGCAUGAGAAGAUGGCAAGCUUGUCACCAUUUGUUGGAGCAUCCAAAUCGGUGCAAAUUUGUUUCUCUUCAACUUGGGGAUCUCAUGGCGAAGUGAGAAGCGGAAGGCGGUCUGUUCCUAUGGCUUCUUUACAGCAGCACAAUCAGGUCUCUGCCUUCCAUGUAAAUUCUUCUAAAUGGCGCGACAGGUACUUUCAGUCGCAUGCAUCACUCCGACUCCGGGUUUGUGACAGAGCAUUGUUUGCGUUACCUGUUCGCGAUUGUAAAUUAUUCAAAGACGUGGGUGUCACCUGCUUUAGAUGUGGUCAUAGAAACACACCCAUUUUAAGAUUUUCAAGGCAGCCAUGGAAUCGUUCGCUUCCUGGAGGGUUUUGGAAUCCUCUCUGUCAGAAAUCGAUUCAGUGGUCCGACUCUUAUGGUAUACCGAGUGGCGUUAGGUUUGAAGUGAAUGCGCAAGCAGGAAGUAGGCCGGGCCCACAGGGCGGGGAAGCAAAUUCGCAGGGAGGUCAAGGCAGGAUGGAAAAUCCUAGGAUUCCUAACGAUCACAGAUGGCGGGGAGCAUUGAUUUUAGUAGGACGGACACUGGCAUUGUGUAGUGCGACUAUUUGUAUAGCGUGGAUUGUAGGUGCUGGUGGGGUUCAUGCAGCUAGUGAUGGAGCAGCUGUUUUGCCCCUUGUGGUCGACAAAGCUAGCGCAUUGAAGGGAACAGUGCUGCCAAAGUUUCUUCAAGUGUUAGCGGUGCUAAAAGAUCAAGGACUUCUACUGUCUGCUCUGCUAGGUUUAUCGGCUUUCUUUUCAAUGGCUGAGACAUCAAUCAUGACGCUUUGGCCCUGGAAGGUGCGGGAGCUGGCAGAGAAGGAGGGAGAGGGGGGAGUUUUUUCUCUUCUACGGCAAGAUGUCACUCGUUUCCUCACAACCAUUCUUAUCGGAACAACUGUGGUCAAUAUUGCAGCAACUGCCAUGGUCACAGAAGCAGCCACAGCUUUGUUUGGAGAAGCGGGUGUAACUGCUGCAACUGGAGUCAUGACUGUUGUCAUCCUUCUCGUGACAGAAAUUGCUCCGAAGAGUAUAGCGGUUCACAAUGCGACAGAAGUAGCACGAUUCGCCGUCCGACCUGUUGCUUGGUUAUCUGUCAUCCUUUAUCCUGUAGGCCGUGUAGUGACAGCUCUCUCAAUGGGCCUGCUGAAGGUGUUGGGUCUAAAGAGCAGCGGGGAACCUUUUGUAAGUGAAGAAGAACUCAAAUUGAUGCUUAGAGGAGCAGAACUAAGUGGAGCAAUUGAAGAAGAAGAGCAGGAUAUGAUUGAAAAUGUUCUAGAAAUCAAAGACACGUAUGUCCGUGAAGUGAUGACUCCCCUCGUUGAUGUUGUGGCUAUCGACGCUGCGGCCACCUUGAUGGAGUUCAGAAAUCUUUGGGUCAAGCACCAGUACUCCAGAAUUCCCGUUUUUGAACGUCGCGUGGAUAAUAUUGUCGGUAUCGCAUACGCCAUGGACAUGCUUGAUUACGUCGACUAUGAAGCAGAACAGGUUGAGGUGCUCAAAAGGUUGACUGUCGGACGUAUUGCCCACAGACCUGCCUAUUUUGUGCCAGACUCGAUGUCUGUGUGGAAUCUCUUGAGAGAAUUUCGAAUCAGGAAAGUGCACAUGGCCAUCGUCCUCAAUGAGUACGGUGGCACUGUCGGCGUUGUUACGCUAGAGGAUGUAGUGGAGGAAAUCGUCGGAGAAAUUUUUGAUGAGAAUGAUUCAAAGGAGGAGAUUAGGAAAAAAACGGGUUACGUCGUUCAAAGAGCGGAUGGGGUUUUUGACGUGGAUGCGAAUACACAUAUUGAAGAUCUCUCUGAAGCUCUUGAAGUCAAAAUGCCGGAGGGACCAUAUCGCUAUGAGACAGUUUCUGGUUUUGUGUGCGAAGCUUUUGGAUAUAUACCUCGUACAGGAGAGAGCAUCAACGUGAUUCUCCGCAAGGCAGACUCUGAGGAUAAUCAAGAUCGUCGCGAUGGAGAAACCGAAGAGGAAAAGAGGGAAAAGUUCCAGAAGUACAGGCUGGAGAUUUUGGCAGGAAACGCUAGAAAAGUUGGAGCAGUACGUUUCGAAACGAUGGACGUAUCCCAGGUGAAGGACGACGGAAUUGUGUUUGCUCGGGGUUUACGAGUUUUCAGCAAUAAAGGUUGGGAUGACGCCGAAGACAGGGCUGAAACAGUUCUCGGCACUGAAGAGAGGUGUGGCAUCUCCUGCGCUAGUGACGAAGACGAAUAUUGUGAAGUGGACGAUUCGGAUAGAGAUCCGGUAGACUACCCUUAUACGAACCGCUAUCUUGUUGCAGAAACUGUAAUUGUUGACUGUGAUGCCGAAGAACAGUCUCCUAAAACUGGAACGACAGCUAGCGGCUCAAAAGUCUGGGAGCUUGCCUCAGAUGCCCCUAGUGAUGACGAGCAAAGUGUAAAAUGCAAGGACAUUGACGAUGACGGCAACAACUCUACAAGUGUAAAGGGACCACCGAAUGAGAGGUGGGUGGAGCAAGAAAGGCAAGUGGAGAGGAGAAUACAGAGGAGAAAAAAGCAGUCUGCGGAAGCUGCAGUAGAACUCGAUAGGCAGCGUAGGGCGGAUGUGCGCCGUCGGGAAGCAGAACUUGCUAUGGCUGCUAUGAGAAAUGGGAGGGAUGACCAAGGUGAAUCUGGAAAUUUUCAUGAGAUGUCAAGCUGAUUGUAAGUUUAGUGCCCAUGUGGUGAAGAUUCCAUUCUUUGUGGACAAGUUGCCGAAAUCAUGUCUGCAAGAGGUGCUUCUGAUACUAGUCAGGGUUUACUCCUUCAAAUAUACUUAGACAGGCAGCAUCUGUGGUCGACAUUGUGACCGUGAAAGACAGGAGUCCCCUAGAAGAGCAACUGUCCAGAUAUUGUAAGUAUAAGAGGAGGUUUGCAGCGCCUCUGUAAGCUCACUGCUCCCAAGGUUCGGCGUAUAGCAGCUCAUUUUAUGGUGUAACAUUCGCUAUAAGAUUGUAACAUUAGACCCAUCCGCUCAAGAUAGUUGAGCAAGGGGAUUUUGAAGUCAUUUCGACUUCUCUCUGAAGCAGAGGUAAAUUCCAACAUCCAUGUAGACGAAUGUAGAGAGAUUGAUUCUGGUACAUGCGAGUGUUUGUGAGCUGUCGAGCUUUGACAUUGAUUCAUUGUCAAAUUAUAACAAGAAAGUAGAAACUUAGGCAUGUCUUUACUGGGUGUGCAUGGGACCCAUGCUGUCAAUUGUAACGUAUGUUGUCGAAGCUGACCAGGAGGGCGUGCGUGUUACUUAGGUUGUGUGUAAAAAGUUUUCCUAAUGUUUGAAAGUGAAUGCUACGAGUAUCUGCAGCAACCAUCGCGAC